AUGGAUCAGGAUCACAUUGAUAGGGCUAAUGAAGAUAUUCCACAAGAUAUAGAGCCAGUGGAGAUCAAUGAGGAUGUAGAAGUUACCGGAAAUGAAGAUGGAGAGGAACCCAAGAAAGAGGAUACGAUUCAAGAAAAAAUGAAAGAUAUUUUUAGUAUUGAAAAUGGACCUUUUAAUAUACAUCAGCUAAUCCACAGUCUGCCCGCUGAGCUAGAUUAUACAGCAUUUGAUGCUUAUAAUCAAAAUCUAUAUCUGGGUUCUACAACUGGCGAUCUAUUGCAUUAUUUUGAAUUGGAACAAAAUAAUUAUAUGCUGGUUUCUCAAACCAAAUUUAAUUCUGAUUUUAAUUAUCCAAUUGAUAAAUUUCAAUUGUUACCUAAAAUUGAGAGAGCUUUUAUACUAUCUAAUAAUACAUUGACCCUAUUUCUGCUACCCGAGUUUGCUCCUUCCCCAAAUGUCAGCAGCAUCCCUAAUGUGUCAGAUAUAAACCUUCGUAGUUAUUCGGUUCGAUCAAAAACUUAUAAAAUAUACAUUUACCUUGAUGAUAGGAUCGAAGAAUUAAAGGUAUCACAAUCGACUAUUACACGGGUAAGGAAAUAUGAUUUUAAAAUGAUAAACAAAGCGAUUUCUCUCGACAAUAUCAUCAUGUCUUCGAAGUUAAACAAUUACGAAUUAAUCAAUGCAAAAAGUUCCGAAGUUAUCCCAUUGUUUAGAGUCAGUGAAAGUGAGGAACCAUUUGAACCUAUAAUUACCAAUUUUGGCACCGAAGACUUUAUUGUUGUGUCUGGAGGUAUCUCAAAGGAAUCGAAUUCAAUGGUUUUUGCCAUUAAUUCAAAAGGUGAAAUUACCAAUGGUACAACGAUUUUAGAUAAGUAUCCGAAUAAUAUCAUAGCAUCCUAUCCUUAUGUUGUAACUCAACUCUCUGAUUCUGAAAUUCAAAUAUAUAAGUUAUCACUGGGUGAAUCAAUAAAGCUUCAAGAUAUUAAGUUCAAUCAUAAAGAGCCUAAACUCAAUAUAGCUAAUACGAUCAAAGAAUUUAGUAAUUUUAACACUAGUGAAUCCAAUAAGGUUAAAGAAUCCGUGGUGAACGUGUUAAGUUUAGUUCCAUUAGUAGGCGAAAAUGAUGAAUUAAGAUUAAGUGCAGAGAAAAGAUUUGUAGAACAGAAUUUUACUCUAAGAACCUCGUUAACAAUGUAUGGCAAUUGUGGGAUAUAUUUGUUAGCAAAAAAUCCGGAUAUAUUAGAAUUUGAUAAAUUCGAUGAAGUUGAAAUACCUAGAAUUAAAGCAUACUUAAGAGAGACCCGAAAACAUGAAUAUUCAAAAUACGAACAACUUGAAAGAAACUACCUAAUAACUUUAAGAUUGUUACUAAUAAUGCUACACUGUGAAAAGAUAACAGAUAAUGAAAUUAACAAGUGGUUUAAUUCAUCUGAGAAGGUGGAUUUAAGGAUUUUGUUUUACCUUUUUGAUUUAAAGAUAUUCGGAAACGUAUGGGUAAAUACUGGUCUAUUGAAGUUUGUACACAAUUUAAAAGCUUUAAAACUCACUCAUAAGUGUGACAAUUUAAAAUUAAUGUUGGCUUUGUUAAAUAAAUCUCUUGGCGAAGGAAACCAUGGGGAUAGAAUAAAUGAUUACUCGAACAUACGAAAGACAAUAGAUGUCAAUUUAUUUGAAUACAUGAUAAAAGAUGAGGAUCCAAUAAACGUAGAGAUGUUUCCUAAAGUAAGUCUAGAGGAAAUUCUGAAAAUUACUGAACAGGAGCAUGAAAAUAAUUACGAACUUCUCGAGCUUCUAUAUGCAAAGUUAAAAAAAUAUACACAUUCAAUACUAUUAAUUAAAAAGACUGGAAAUUCUGACGAUCUUUUGAGUUUUCUUUCUAAUAAUCUCGACAAUCUUCCUACCGAGUAUAAAUCAAUUUCCAUGAUUAAUGACAUUUUGUACAUACUAGAAUCACCUGAGGUUUCUGAGCCUACUCUACGAAGAGUCUUAAAAUUAAUGUCAUCUGCAAGACUUGACCCAAGAGAAUUGAUUCCUAAAUUAGAUCAUAAUAUUGAGGGAAAGAUCAAACUAAUAGAGUUCCUUGGUCCAGAAAAUUCAAAUGACAAGAAAAUACUAAUUUCCUAUUACUUAUCUAAGCUGCAGAGUACAAUAACCGCGAAUAAUAUUUGGGAGCUUAUGGGAACUUUUACCUCAGAAUAUACAAAGGAUUUGAAUUACUACAAAAGUAGCAUAGUUGAUUAUCUUUUAAUCAAACUUAAGCAUGAACAGUGCUGUGAAGAAAUGUUAUCUACAUUGGGUAACAUUAAGAAUCUCUGUCACGACGGUGAUUCGGACGCUGCAUUGUUAUCAUUGGUAUUGGAAAAUCUCCAGACGUUUGAUAUAGGAAACCUACUAUCAUUAUUAGUAUUGUUGCCUGAAUUUAAAACUAAAUUUAAUGAACUUCUGACGAAAGAAAAGAUAUUUGAUUUAUUUAUGUCGUACAACGAUUUUGUUAGCAUAGAAACAUAUUUGACGGCGAAAAACAUAUCUGAGGUACUUGAACAUUACCUUUCUCUAUCAAAGGGAAUAGAACCCAUUACAUUAGUAGUCACGUUACUUAAAAGAAAUAGAAGUUUACUUAAUGACCGUGAAGUUUUAAAAAAAGUAUUGAAGGUGAUACCAGAAGAUUAUCCAUUUGGGCCCUUGACUAGUUUCCUAUUCCCAAUAUUUAAAGAUAUCGAAGACAAUAAGAGAAGUUUAGAACUUGAGAAAGCGCUGUUAAAAAGUGAAAUUUCACUUUACACUGAGCUUUUGUCGAAUUUCGAUGACGUAAAUUGA